AUGGCAGGCCCGUUUGCGACGGGCCGAGAAGGAGGAGCAGCAGUUGUGGGAGGAACAGGCAUGCCCACCCACUCCGAGGAGGUGGCCGACGUUCGGGCUGCCUCUCCGCCGGGCUGGCUGCCGGGCUGGCUGUCGGAGGUGCCGCUUACGCCGCGGAACGAGAGGUCGCCGACGCGACCACCCUCACCGAAAGGCGAGGCGCUCCCUGUCCGGUCGCCACCACCGCCGCAACCGGAUACGCCACCUUCACCGGCGAGUCACGGCGGGGAAUCUCCCCGGUGGAAACCCGCGCGACCACCCACGCCGAGGUUCGAACGGCCGCCGGCGGUAGGAGCGCACCCGCGGCCGGACACGCCGCAAUACCAACCCGGAGACCCGGUGGGACACCACGUCCGAACGGACAUACCGGCGGCGCACGUGACCCAUAGCGUGCGGUCGUUCGUGGCCGAAGGCGUGAGGUGGUGGCAAGACGGUCGUCUGGACAUGGCCGGAGGGCCCCGCGGAGAAGGCGAUGGUGGAGGAGCCCCGGAUUUGGGAGGAGACGGGACCUCGGGUGAGCCCGAUGGAUCCCAGAACCCGUGGACGGCCGGACCUAUGGACCUCGCCGACACCGAGUACGCGGCCAUCGACUCCAGGGACAGGGCCCACGACACCGGCAGCGACGCGAGAUGA